CCAAAAACUAAGAGAAAUGAGCAGGCUGCUGAAGUGUAAGCAUGCAUUUCUGAAUGGGUAACAUGCUGUGGAAAAGAAUAUGUAGAGACUAAAGACUCAUCUUUCCUGAACCAGCUGGCUCCAAUCUGAUCUGGUCCCAUUGCAAAACAACAUCUGAGCUAAAGAGAGACAGGAUUUGCACAGCUGAAUCAUAACUUCUGCUGCUACAUCCUUAUUUGUAUUGCUAAGGCCAGCCUCAAAAGCAUUUGAAUUGCAAACUUAUAGACCCAGAAAAGGCUCCAGCAUCAUUUGUGUUGACUCUGAGGUAGCUGCAGGUCUCAGAAAGGUGAAAGCUCAAGCAAUUUAGUCACAACAAGUAUGCUGUGUAACUUUUACACCAUACACUUUGCACAAACAGUUGAUUCACUAAACGCCUGGUAUGAAAGAAUGCGUUUUGCCUCUAUAGUACUGUAAUCCUUAUUCUUUCAUUUAGGAUUAAUUAGUGACAACUACGAAAUCCUUUCAUUUGGACAACUGGAGAGGCAAAGUGCCCAGGAAGGACUGCCAGACUCAACUGCUGGAGUCAGAAAGGACAGCUGCUUUGUGAAUUCUAUUUUAUCACAUUUGGAGGAGACUGAAGUGCCAUGAUGACAUCCUCCAAUUUUACAUCAUCAUCUGGUCCAAUUACAUAAAAUUUGGAUGUGUUUCUCCUCUCUUCGAAGUGUUUUGCAAUAUACAGAGCCAGAAAAACAAAAGGAUUCUACCAAACAGUUUGAAUGGGUACAGGUGCUGUCCCUGCAAAGGCCGAACUUUAAAAACAUAUAUUUUUAGUAAGAAAAAUGCAUUCUCAGAAUAAUUGGCAACUAAAAAGGCUAAACAAACAAACACACUCUAGGCAAGGUUUUCUGCAGGCACAGAACACAAUCAUUUGUUCCAACCCAAACUAUGCUUGAUUACAUGCAAUAAAAGUAGCGAUCCUGUGACUGGACCGGAUAAAAUACAGAGGUACUCCAGAGGAGGGUAACAGCUCCAGGCAGGAGAUGUCACUCAGGAGAUGGAUAAGGUCACACAGGUGCUGUUCAUGCUAACGGAAUGACAAGGCAGUUCUGGAGGGGAAGUGCCAUCUGCAUGCAGAACUUGAACUUUACAGCAGCAUCUGUUCCUCCUCUACUCACCUCCCACUUUGUUCUUCCUCUACUAUCACAGUCCUUUGGUAACACACCAGUCCUAUGCUGACUCUUGCUCAAUUACCUACAGCAGCCUAUAUUAUCCUCCACUCCAAGCCUCUUGUACACCCCAGCACAUCACAAUCACACCAGUGCUCCUUCAACACAGUGCAGCGCCAGAUGUGUUUAUUGAGGCAUAUACAGCAUUUAAGAAGUUGACUACUACGGAUUUAAAAACAGCUGCCAGGAAAAACACUAAAGGCUGGAUUACUGCAGUAGGACAUGGCAGGAAGGCUAGCACACCAGUUGCUUCCAUGCUUGUUCUCAGCAGCAGUUGCAAUAAGGCACAACAGGCAGGGCUGUAAUACUGUCACAAUUCAGUUCAAUAUACAGAUCAUGGAGGCACUCGUUAUCAAGUCCUAUGGGAUAUCAGCAAAUGAUGGAGGAAAAGGGAAUGAGGUAUUCAGCAGCUGUUAAAAUUUGUUUUAAGCACUUUGUGACCCUUUCCAAUAGGGAAGUGCUGAUUAAAAUAGAUUAAUCAAUAACAAUAACCUGAUUGCAUAAACAAGAGCCUGGAGAUGCUGUCAUUUGUUUUAGGAAACAAAAUUCAGAGAAUUCACAUGACCAUCUCAUAAAAUAUUUACUGAAACACAGAAGUCACUAAUUACAAUGUAAUCAUAUUAGAUGUGGCCUCUUCUUGUGCUUCUUAGCUCUCCUAGCAGGAGAAACAGCUACUUCAGGGCUUUUUCAGAGGGAAAUUUCCUACCUACACUUGAAGCAUGGCAGAAGGACAUAUUUCUUGUCACAAAUUCAAACAAGAAAAUAAGCACCGAUAACAGCAUUAUACAUUCUGAUAGCAAAGCAGCUGAUGCUCGCAGCUAGAAAACCAGGCGCAGACAGAGCAGCUGAUUGCUGGAGCAGGACCCCAGCAGAACAAACACGAACGCCCAGAAGCCACCUCUAGGAGUAAAAGGAAACACAACUCCUGCUGGCCCUUAUGAGACCAGUGCAAGUUCUGAAGGACAGAACUAAGCAGACAAAACCACAUGAUCCACAAACCACAAAAAGACUCUUUAUAAUCCUGCCCUUAGAACAGAGGAAAAACAGCCCUUCAAAGCUGGCAUCACAAGACUUUCUAACACGACAGUCCUAUAACCCAACCGUAGCUGUGCACUUCUCAAAGCAAAGCACUCUUAGGCCCUCUGUCCCCAUUUCCCCAUCAGGAAGGCUCCAGAAACCCAUCUGUGUGCACAUUCUCUUCAGCUAAGCAGUAAUGCACUCCCAAACCAUUCACAAACAUCACAGUGCAGGAACAACGACACGCUAACUUCACGCUUCUGAACCGACAGCACUGAUUUCUUGCAAUCCUAAUGCUGAGCUCCAAUUUAUUUUUUAAUAGCGGUGGAACAUCGCAUCGAAUACGGCCUGCCCAUUAAUGACACUUAGUGUUAAGUUAGCAGGUCGAUAUCAUCUUCAAAAGUUAACUGAGCAAAGACAAAAUCGCUCUUUCAGGAGAAAAAUACAUUUCCUUUCAGCCUUAAGAACUGGAGCCACCAGUAGGUGGUGUUUCUGAAAUGUCAGAGCGCUUCUUCUCCCCUACAGAUGAAAUGCAAAACUCCACCUGCACUACUGCUGCUUUUCAUGCUGGACUCCACGCUCACUGCUGCUCCACGUUCACUGCAAAGAAGCUUAUUUCAUCCGAGGGCCUUUGAGCAGAAGGAUUCUACCAAGAUGACAACACACACCUGAAAAUGUAAACAUACAGACAACACAGGACUGACUUGCAGGUGACAUCCCCUGCAGCUCUGCACACCUAAAGGCAAGUUUAUCCUGGCACGGCAGUGGAAGUUGACACAUCCAUUAAGUGAGUACCUGAGCGAGAAGCAGCCUUCUGCUGUCUGCAGGAAAACCAGCUCUGGAAAAAUGGAAUUAAGGUAAAAAUGAAGUGUUUCACAGUCUGUGGUUACCUGUAACGUUUGCAGUAGCUUGGGUUUUGGUGGGCUCUCAGACUUUACUGAAGCCUGAGCACAGGGCUGCCAUGUAGAAUCAAUUGCUUUGACUCAUAACUUAACCUCCCUUUUAUUUACAGCAUUUUACUGCCUUACUCAAAGAUAAAAGGGUGUUACAUGAAAGACAGUGGUUCGUGCCUCACUGGUAUCUGCUUGAAACAAACACCAAACCUUCUUCAAAUACAUGUAAUUUCACAUGGAUAUUUUAGCACGCAGAUUUACAUUAUGAAAACGCUUCAAAGCACAGCGAAGUGACAGCGUUCUUACAGCUCUCACUGGGAAGUAAAACCUUGUUUUGAUUCAAGUAUCUGCUGGCUACUUCUAACAAAAUGAAUACAUUUAAGCAAACUGAGACGUGCCUUUCUGACUACAAAUACUGUAAGGCUCCUUCUCCAUUCAUGGUUUGCUCCUUCUGUGCAUCAGCGCUACUUGAAAUCAUUAAAAUGUGGAACCGAGCACAGUUUUACCAGUUUUGUUGGUAGGAUGAAGAUUAAAGCAAUUCAAAAUAUUUAACAUAUAACACAAGCUAUCCUGGAUUACCAUUUCCAUGCUAUUUGUUUAGCAUUUUAUUUUAAUAAACUUCCAGCAAUGCUCCGAGUCCACAGCAUUCAGUGUUCGUAAGGAAACAAACAGGAUUACCAGUUUUCACUCCCUUCCAGAAAUCAAUGUAGCAUAAUUAAUUGCAAAGAAAAACAAACUGAUGUUGGUGUAGAUCCAUGUGCUGCUUAUGCUACCUUCAUUUCUAAAGACUGCAUUUCCUUCCCUCUGAAAGCAAUAGGAACCAACUGCUGUUUGUCUCCGCUGCUUUUUCAGCCAGACUCUCCUACUUAAUAAGCUUAAGAGCUGCUGAUGAACUGAACACACACACACACACCAUACCCAUAUGCAAUAUAAACUUUAUAUUUAUAGACUCUCUUCAUUAGGCCAAAUUCUCCCAUUUGAUUUCUGUAUUUCCACAUAUUCCAAUACUGAAUCGUUUACGAUUUAUAAUGCUCUAACAGACCUACCCUCACAACACAAUAUCAUCUCCAGCUAAUUGGAAUCCUUUUAACGGAACCGUUGUACAUCCAUUCCUACCCGACACCUCCUACAGCCUCAGCUGCACGUCUGAAGUGAGAAGCAGCACAUUGUGCAUGGCAGAACGCUGCAGUAUUAGAUUAACAGCUUUCCAUUUGCAAAUUGCAGGUCCAAGGAUGUGCACUGAGUAUUAACAGAACACAAAUGGAGCUAGAUUUCUGCCAUCUUCCGACCUGCACGAAGGAGAGCUGCUGAUGAGAACCUUUUGUUGAAAUGACCCAAGUACCAUUAUGGUAAAAAGAUCCCGACGUGAUCUCACAUCAUAUAGGAACUGCAAGUGCUCUCAUCUGCAAUGCAUAUAGCGUCUUGUAAGAAAACAAGGAAGAAAGAAAUGCACUUCUUGUACUGUUAUAUUUCAGUCAAUUUCAAGUCUAAUUAAUUUGGCUUCUAAAGAAUUUGAAUUUCCUAUUUAUAAGUGUGGGCUUUCUUCCAUUCCAAUCAAAAUGCUUCCAACUCACUGCUUUGAAAACACCCCAGAACCUCAUCUUUUUGGCAUUACUACCAAACUGUGAGUGCUGUUAUCUUUCAGGCAGGUAUUUUAACCAUGGAAACCUACCCUGCCUCAGUCCCACCUGUCAUAUGUAACAGCACAACUUUCAACCUCAAUGGAUCGCAUCUGUGUAACGAGAGCCUGUCUUCUAGAUUAGCAGACAAAUCAGAACACCAACAAUACGUUAUUGGGCUUUUCUUAUCGUGUCUUUACACAAUAUUCCUUUUUCCCAUCGGUUUUGUAGGAAACAUUCUGAUUCUGGUUGUAAACAUAAGCUUUCGUGAGAAGAUGACUAUCCCAGACCUUUACUUCAUCAACCUCGCGGUGGCCGAUCUCAUCUUAGUUGCUGAUUCUCUCAUUGAGGUUUUUAAUCUUGACGAGAAGUAUUACGAUAUCACUAUUAUAUGCACCUUUAUGUCUCUGUUCCUUCAGAUCAACAUGUAUAGCAGCAUUUUCUUUCUGACGUGGAUGAGUUUUGACAGAUACAUAGCACUGGCAAAAGUAAUGAGGUCCAACCUAUUUCGCACUAUGCAACACGCCAGGCUGAGCUGUGGUCUCAUAUGGAUGGCAUCUAUUUCCGCAGCACUGGUGCCAUUCACGGCUGUGCACUUACAACACACCGGAGAGGUCUACUUUUGUUUUGCAGAUGUAAAAGAAAUCCAGUGGCUAGAAAUAACCCUGGGGUUCAUCAUCCCCUUUGUGAUCAUCGGCCUUUGUUACUCGUUAAUCGUUCGAGUUCUUAUAAAAGCACACAAGCACAGGAGCCUCCGCCUGCGCCGACAGAAGGCUCUUCGAAUGAUAUUCGUCGUGGUCCUGGUUUUCUUUAUCUGCUGGCUCCCUGAAAACGUCUUCAUUAGCGUCCAGCUUCUACAAAAGAAAAGUGAGCCCGCCUCGUCAAGCAGCCCGUCUUUCAGACACGACUACCCCUUAACAGGACACAUUGUGAACCUCGCAGCUUUCUCCAACAGCUGUUUGAACCCUUUAAUUUACAGUUUCCUGGGGGAAACCUUCAGAGACAAACUGCGACUGUACAUUGAACAGAAAACCAAGAUGUCCACGUUACAUCGGUUCUGCCAGGCUGCCCUGACGUCUGUCAUCCCCGACAGUAAUGAGCAAUCUGAGGUCUGAUUUAGGGGCUGUUGUGCAGAACGUCUGACUGUGAAGCUGUGCAAAUAGUGAACAAAAUGCUUACUACUAACAGCAAAAAGCGUGCCCGCCUGUGUAUAUAUUGCACUGCCCUACUGAGUACAGAAGGUUUAUAUUCAGGUUUUAUGACAACUUUAAUGUAGAGGAAUAUGCUAUAGUCAGAUUUAUAUUUAAUUAAGAGCAGGAUUAUUAAAAGCUGAGCACUGAAGGAGCUUUAUUUUAUAUAAUACAUGCAUGAAUGAUAAUAUAGAAGAAAAUUUUAUCAAGCUAGUAAGACUCCAGAUUUAACUUGGUUAUCGGAGAUGUUGUUUUGCUGGUGUAUAGAAGGUACUUCCACUUAAACAACCAAACUGCAGUAAGAGUGGGGGAAAAUCAUUAUAACACAUUGAUGUGGAGAUGCAGAAAACAGUGAUUUUUACCCAAAUGUGUUAAGUUAAAUGACUUUGCUUUUGAGAACUAUAUAGUAUUAUUGUCAUUGUAUUCCAGCAUGUCUUCCACAAUUAACUUCUUCUGAUCUUAAUAUAAUCUCGAAUGGCGAUGAGUUUUCGUCUCAUAAAUCUAAUCUGCUGUACACAUCAGCACUUGAUCAAACCUGUAAUCACCUGUCACUAUAUGGUUCAUGUCAAAGAACUUAACUGCAGCAAAAUGUAAAGCUUUGCUCUUCUGAGGAUUCCCCGGGACAGCAUUUCUCAGGAUGGAUAUAAUUGGGCUUUUUGUCAAAAAAGCAAGCACAUAUAUACGUGCAUCCACAUCUCCCUUCAGACUCAAACAGAAGUCAUAUAAGAUCUGUCUCCACUUAGCAGACCCAUUCAGACGGUAGGAACAACAUGCUGUGGCUUUAAAGAAGUCACAUUCUGAAAAAGAGUGCAAGAAUUGCUUAUAAAAAUGAAAAGACCCCUUUUCCUUUUUUUUUUUUUUUUUUUUUUUUAAGAAGAACUUCUGCAAAGGUGAACACACCAGGUCUGCACUUUGUGCCCUGCCCACCCCAUCCCCAGAAACCACAGGUCUUGGGAACCUUAAGCUGAAUGUUGGUCGCUUUGUUCAUUUGAAGACAAACGAUGCCAAGAAAACAAAUGUUAGCACCACAUGCUAGAAAACAACAGCUUCUAAUUUCUUUUAGAAAAUAAGUGGGUUUUAAAUCUGGAUGAUGCUUAGUGCAGGUUACUGCUGAACUUCCCCUGAGAAAGCCAUAAAGUUCCUAGAGAUUUGUGCAGAGGGUCAUUAAACCAUCACCCAGUGCAGCUCUGAAAUACACAAACUAAUUCCAUCUCUGCUCACCAAGUAGAGCACCAGAACUCCAGAGAAUGUGAUGAUGUGCCCCAUUUUCAAACGUCACAGAUGAGCCAAUUAGCACACUAAAGUUUUAAAAUGUAGACACUUAAAACAACGAGUAAAGUAUUAAGCAACAAAGGAAAUGGUGAAUGCACUCAUAUUUCUCACGAAAUAGUCAGUUUCCUAGUGAAGUUGUAGCCACAAAAGGUUUGACCUAUGUGCAGAGAGGCCUCAAGAUGAUGCUGCAUUGGAACUAGCUGGAUGUUCCUGAAACACUGAAAUAGGAACAGCAGAGAGGAGUUUGCCCAGCAGCUGACCAUUUCCAAGGGACUGUUAACCAUCAGCUAAGGAGAAAUUCCCAUUUACUCCCAUCUUUCUUGUAGAGCACUAAUUAUAUUUUCUCUUUGAAAGAUACAAGCACUGCCGUGCUUUUUCUGUAUAGAAGCUUCUUGACAACACAGAGCAGCAAAUCUCAUGCUACUCCAAGAUGAUACAUAUGUCCAUUUUCCCUCAUUACUUUCAUGAUUGGAAUUAACCACAAUCAUCCCAGUCCCAGUGCACAUUAACCACCCCUCUGACAGACAGCUCUUUCAAAGAGCACAAACAAAGGAACAGAUCACACUUCCAGCAAUGCAUUUCCAACAAGUAAGCACACAGCCCCAGCACAGCAUAUCAGCUUUGGGUAAUCCCAGCACUUGCCAUGAAUAAACCAACUUCUCUGGGGUUGCAGCAAGACAGUUUCCCGAACAGGAUUCCUCCACCCAACAUCCUAUUAUAUGUCUAAAAGCACAUCACACACCUGAGCUACCAGAGGAGCUUCCUGCUGUUGGUAUUUUGCUUCAGGUUUAUGAGCUGUACCUGAAAUGACUAAAUUUAAACAUGCUAUUGUAAAUAAACGACAAGUGUUGUCCCAGGUGAAAAAAUGACACCUCUUCUCAGAAGUUGGUGGUGUUUUUUUUUUCUUAAUGUGUAACUUAAUCACAUAAAGUUGCUUUCACUGCAUCCUUUCAACAGUUUGAGAUUUACUACACGGUGGUCGUGCAGGCAUGAAAAGCAGAGACGGUCGGUCUCGAGAUGAAGUUUGUUUAAUUCAUGUAAAGCAUUGAUGAUGUGAAUGCAUGUGGCAAGGAAUUCAAGUCAGUGGGUCAAACAACCCCAGAUUCUGCAUGGGACAGACGAGAUGCAGAGAAAAACAGCCCCUUCCUUUCCCCUUCUGGUCCACAAAAAAACCAAAGGCUCGCAUCCAAAAAUGCUUUACCCAUCCAUUCAAAAGGG